GCGAACGGGCCUGGCUCUGCCACGGCCUCAGCUUCCAAUCCACGCAAGUUUAGUGAGAAGAUCGCGCUGCAGAAGCAGCGUCAGGCCGAGGAGACGGCGGCCUUCGAGGAGGUGAUGAUGGACAUCGGCUCCACCCGGGUUGUAUGGAACCCGAUGAUUUGCUGGACUUUCUAGGGGAUGGCUAUUCUGUGGGUCAUGGAGGACCCUUGGAGGGUUCUCCAUGAGUAGGGAAUAUUUAUUCCUAGAAAAUUCUUAGAACUUUCAGGUCUCUGACAAGCUGCCUCUGAAGCUCCUCUGGCCUUGGUUUCUUGCUGCCCAAGGCUGGAUGUCAAAGGAGCCAGGCCAGGGUCAAGAGUUUGCCCAGCUGUUAUGCAGUGCUAAUUUAGGGACACAUUAUUGUCAAUUAAUAGGUGAGAGGAUUUUUGCAGUGAUCCCUCAUGGCAAAGAACUGGAAGGAAUUUAAGGGGAGAUGGUGGACAUAAAUACCACAUUUCAACAUUCUUUGUGAUUGCAUCUAUCAAUGAUUGUGACUCUGAUUGUAUUUUUGUGUGCCUCUUGAUUAUUUGUGUUCUUCCCCUUUGAGUCUCUAGGGACCAUGUGCCCUAGUUUAUGGAAGUCAGAACAGAAAAAAGAUAGUUACAGGCCCAAAAACUGCGACUGGCAUACACAAGAAGCUCCCAUUAUGGUGGUUCUCUGCCCAAUGUUAACCAGAUUGGCUGUGGCCUGGCUGAGUUCCAGAGCCCCCUCCAAUCUCCUUUGGAUUCAUCUCGGAGCACUCGGCACCAUGGGCUGGUGGAAAGAGUGCAGCGAGAUCCCCGCAGAAUGGUGUCCCCACUCCGCCGAUAUCCUCGCCACAUUGACAGUUCUCCCUAUAGUUCUGCCUACUUAUCUCCUCCUCCAGAGUCCAGCUGGCGAAGGACGAUGCCCUGGAGCAAUUUCCCUGUAGAGAAGGGGCAGUUGUUUCGACUACCAUCUGCACUUAACAGGACAAGCUCUGACUCUGCCCUUCAUACAAGUGUGAUGAACCCCAACCCCCAGGACACUUAUCCAGGACCCACACCUCCCAGUGUCCUACCCAGCCGCCGUGGGGGUUUUCUGGAUGGUGAAAUAGACUCCAAAGUCCCUGCUAUUGAGGAGAACUUGCUAGAUGACAAACAUUUGCUGAAACCAUGGGAUACUAAGAAGCUGUCCUCAUCCUCCUCCCGACCUCGGUCCUGUGAAGUUCCUGGAAUUAACAUCUUUCCAUCUCCUGACCAGCCUGCCAAUGUGCCUGUCCUCCCUCCUGCCAUGAACACUGGGGGCUCCCUACCUGACCUCACCAACCUGCACUUUCCUCCACCGCUGCCCACCCCCCUGGACCCUGAAGAGACAACCUAUCCCAGCCUGAGUGGGGGCAGUAGUACCUCCAAUUUGACCCACACCAUGACUCACCUGGGCAUCAGUGGAGGACUGGGCCUGGGCCCGGGCUAUGAUGCACCAGGACUUCAUUCACCUCUCAGCCACCCAUCCCUGCAGUCCUCCCUAAGCAAUCCCAACCUCCAGGCUUCCCUGAGCAGUCCUCAGCCCCAGCUCCAGGGUUCCCACAGUCACCCCUCACUGCCUGCCUCCUCGUUGACCCGCCAUACACUGCCCACCACCUCCCUGGGCCACCCAUCACUCAGUGCUCCGGCCCUUUCUUCCUCUUCUUCCUCUUCCUCCACUUCAUCACCCAUCCUGGGCACUCCCCCUUACCCAGCUUCUACCCCUGGGACCUCCCCCCGUCACCGCCGUGUCCCCCUCAGCCCCCUGAGUUUGCCCGUGGGCCCAGCCGACGCCAGAAGGUCCCAACAGCAGCUGCCCAAACAGUUUUCGCCAACAAUGUCACCCACCUUGUCUUCCAUCACUCAGGGCGUCCCCCUGGACACCAGUAAACUGCCUACUGACCAGCGGCUUCCCCCCUACCCAUACAGCCCCCCAAGUCUGGUUCUGCCCACCCAGCAACCAAAGCCUCUGCAGCAGCCAGGGCUGCCUGCUCAGGUCUGUUUAGUGCAGCCCUCUGGUGGGCAACCCCCAGGCAGGCAGUCACAUUAUGAGAUACCAUACCCACCUGGGUCCACUGGGCACGGGCAACAGUCUCAUCACCGGCCAGUGAGUGACUUCAGCCUGGGAAAUCUGGAGCAGUUCAGCAUGGAGAGCCCAUCAACCAGUCUGGUGCUGGAUCCCCCUGGCUUUUCUGAAGGACCUGGAUUUUUAGGGGAUGAGGUGCCAGUGAGUGGCCCCCAGGACCCUCACACUCUCAACCACCAGAACUUGACCCACUGUUCCCGCCAUGGUUCAGGACCUAACAUUGUCCUCACAGGAGACUCCUCCCCAGGUUUCUCUAAGGAAAUUGCAGUGGCCCUGGCUGGAGUACCUGGCUUUGAGAUGUCAGCACCUGGGUUGGAGCUGGGGCUUGGGUUGGAAGAUGAACUGCGCAUGGAGCCACUGGGCCUGGAAGGGCUAAACAUGCUGAGUGACCCCUGUGCCCUGCUGCCCGAUCCUGCUGUAGAGGAUUCAUUCCGCAGUGACCGGCUACAGUGAGGGAACCUCACCACCAUCCUUCUUGGCCCUGUUUCCCAUCACUGUCCCUUUCCUCCCUUUCUCCUGGCCAGUAACAACUCCACUCUUCGCCCCCAGAUUCUCUUUCUAACAUGAACAAAGGAUCCUAAGAAUGAGAAAAAAACAAGGGGUUUGUCCAAGUGGCCCCUGAAUUCUGCACAAUGGGUGGGCCUGGGGGAGCUCAAGGGAGGGCCUAAAGCACUUGCAACUUUGAAAAACAUCUGUCUGGAGGUCACAACCUGUUGGAAAGCAGGGGGUAGAGGGGAACCCCAGAGGCAGGGCUUAUCCAGAUGCCCAGGGGUGGGCAGUGCCAGCCCCUCCUCACUACUCUUCUCCUUGCAAUGGAGGAAAAGAGCCAGAGUGGAUAUUAUUUUUUAUUAAAUAUAUUAUAUGUUAA